AUGGUGCUCCCUCGCAAGGCUAUUAUCAGCAUUACCUCGGCACAGGCCACUCUAUUCAACGGCAAGGAGACUACCGGUCUUUUCAUCAGUGAAGCUCUCCACCCCUACGAUGUCUUGACUGCCGCCGGAUUUGAAGUCGACCUUGUCUCUGAAACCGGAACCUAUAUCGCCGAUUGGCUUUCUCAACAGCCCGACUUCCUGAACGGCAGUGACCUCCAAACAUGGAACGACAAGGACAGCGACUUCCGCAAGAAGCUCGACAACAUGCCCAAGGCCGCUGAUGUGGAUGGCUCCCAAUACGGAGUCUUCUACGCAUCUGCCGGGCACGCAGCUUUGAUCGAUUACCCCAAGGCAAGCAACCUGCAGAAGAUUGCCGAACAGGUCUGGGCGAAUGGUGGUGUGGUCGCUUCCGUCUGCCACGGACCCGCUAUUUUUGCCAAUAUCCUUGACAAAGCGACCGGCGAGCCUAUCAUCAAGGGAAAGAAGAUUACUGGCUUUACUACCGAGGCGGAAUAUACUAUGAAAAUUAUGGACGACCUGAGAAGCUGGAAAUCUGAAAUGGUAGAGGAGCUUGCUGCUCGCCUCGGUGCUAAGUAUGAACGCUCAGCCGGUAUCUGGGACGACUUCCAUGUCGUCGAUGGCCGCUUGGUCACUGGACAGAACCCUGCGAGUGCCAAAUCGACUGCCCAGGCUGUUGUCGAAGUGUUUGACAAGCUUUAA